UGUCCAGUCUGCAUUUCAUUAUUCCGCUGGAAUUUUUGAGGUCAUGAGUCAAAGUGAUGCUCCCCGGCCACUAAAUUGGACUAUUCGGAAGCUUUGCCAUGCUGCCUUUCUCCCAUCUGUCAGACUUCUGAAGGCUCAGAAGUCAUGGAUAGAAAGAGCAUUUUACAAACGAGAAUGUGUUCAUAUCAUACCCAGCACCAAAGACCCCCAUAGGUGUUGCUGCGGACGCCUAAUUGGUCAACAUGUGGGACUUACACCAAGUAUCUCUGUUAUUCAGAAUGAGAAAAAUGAAAGCCGGCUUACUCGAAAUGACCUCCAAUCAGAGAAGUGGUCAAUCAGCAAGCACACUCAGCUCAGCCCAACUGAUGCCUUUGGAACCAUUGAGUUCCAAGGAGGAGGUCACUCAAAUAAAGCCAUGUAUGUGCGUGUGUCUUUUGAUACGAAGCCGGAUCUUCUUCUACACUUGAUGACUAAGGAAUGGCAACUUGAGCUACCCAAGCUUCUCAUCUCCGUGCAUGGAGGUCUCCAGAAUUUUGAACUUCAGCCAAAGCUCAAGCAAGUUUUUGGGAAAGGUCUCAUCAAAGCUGCCAUGACUACUGGGGCGUGGAUAUUUACUGGAGGAGUAAACACAGGAGUUAUUCGACAUGUUGGUGAUGCCCUGAAAGACCACGCCUCCAAAUCUAGAGGGAAGAUCUGCACAAUUGGUAUAGCUCCCUGGGGAAUUGUAGAAAACCAAGAGGAUUUGGUUGGCAAAGAUGUAGUCCGGCCAUACCAAACGAUGUCCAAUCCAAUGAGUAAACUGACAGUACUUAACAGCAUGCACUCUCAUUUUAUUUUGGCUGAUAAUGGGACUACGGGCAAAUAUGGUGCAGAAGUGAAACUUCGCAGGCAGUUGGAAAAGCACAUUUCACUUCAGAAGAUAAAUACAAGAAUAGGGCAAGGGGUUCCAGUAGUGGCUCUCAUUGUGGAAGGAGGACCCAAUGUAAUUUCUAUUGUCCUAGAAUAUCUACGCGACACUCCCCCAGUUCCAGUUGUAGUCUGUGAUGGCAGUGGUCGAGCAUCUGACAUCCUUGCAUUUGGACACAAGUACUCUGAAGAAGGAGGUCUUAUCAAUGAAUCCCUGAGGGAUCAGUUGCUUGUUACCAUCCAGAAGACCUUUAGCUACACCCGGACCCAGGCGCAGCAUCUCUUCAUAAUCCUCAUGGAGUGCAUGAAGAAGAAGGAACUGAUUACAGUGUUUCGCAUGGGAUCAGAAGGGCACCAAGACAUUGAUCUAGCCAUUUUGACAGCUUUGCUAAAAGGAGCUAAUGCAUCUGCCCCAGAUCAACUGAGUCUAGCAUUAGCCUGGAACAGAGUAGACAUCGCUCGCAGCCAGAUUUUUAUUUAUGGGCAACAGUGGCCGGUGGGGUCCCUUGAACAAGCAAUGCUUGAUGCCCUGGUGUUGGACAGAGUGGAUUUUGUGAAAUUGCUCAUAGAGAAUGGAGUAAGCAUGCACCGUUUUCUCACCAUCUCCAGACUAGAGGAAUUGUACAAUACGAGACAUGGGCCAUCCAAUACAUUGUAUCAUCUUGUCAGAGAUGUCAAAAAGCGUGAAUAUCCAGGUUUCGGUUGGAUCAAUUUUAAGGGAAACCUACCUCCAGAUUAUAGGAUAAGUCUGAUUGAUAUUGGCCUGGUGAUUGAGUACCUGAUGGGAGGAGCUUAUCGCUGUAAUUAUACUCGAAAACGCUUCCGAACUCUCUAUCACAACUUGUUUGGCCCCAAGAGACCCAAAGCCCUGAAACUCCUGGGAAUGGAGGAUGAUGUUCCCAUACGAAGGGGAAGAAAGACAACUAAAAAACGAGAGGAGGAAGUGGAUAUUGACUUGGAUGACCCUGAGAUUAACCAUUUCCCUUUCCCUUUCCAUGAGUUGAUGGUAUGGGCUGUUCUUAUGAAGCGACAGAAGAUGGCCCUCUUCUUUUGGCAACAUGGAGAGGAAGCCAUGGCUAAAGCUUUAGUAGCCUGCAAGCUCUGCAAAGCCAUGGCUCACGAAGCAUCAGAGAAUGAUAUGGUAGAUGAAUUAUCUCAAGAACUGAAUCACAACUCCAGGGACUUUGGCCAGCUGGCGGUGGAACUGUUAGACCAAUCCUACAAGCAGGAUGAGCAGCUGGCCAUGAAACUGCUGACCUAUGAGCUGAAGAACUGGAGCAACGCCACAUGCCUACAACUCGCAGUGGCAGCGAAGCAUCGAGAUUUCAUUGCCCACACCUGUAGUCAAAUGCUGCUCACAGACAUGUGGAUGGGCAGGCUUCGGAUGCGUAAAAAUUCAAGCCUAAAGGUAAUUCUAGGAAUUCUACUUCCUCCUUCAAUUCUCAGCUUGGAGUUGAAGAACAAAGAUGACAUGCCUUACAUGUCUCAGGCCCAAGAAAUUGAGCUUCAAGAGAAAGAGCCAGAGGAACCAGAAAAACCAGUUAAAGAAAAAGAAGAGGAGGACAUGGAACUAACAGCAAUGUUGGGACGUGGCAGUGGGGAGUCAUCACGAAAGAAGGAGGAAGAGGAAGUUCACAGACGGCAUAGAUUGAUCCCCUUUGGACGCAAGAUAUAUGAAUUCUAUAAUGCACCAAUUGUUAAGUUUUGGUUCUACACUAUGGCAUACAUUGGGUACUUGAUGCUGUUCAACUAUAUUGUGUUGGUGAAGAUGGAUCGCUGGCCUUCCACACAGGAGUGGAUAGUGAUCUCAUAUAUUUUUACAAUGGGGAUAGAGAAGAUGAGAGAGAUAUUAAUGUCAGAACCUGGGAAGCUGCUGCAGAAGGUGAAAGUGUGGCUUCAAGAGUACUGGAACGUUACCGAUCUCAUUGCCAUUCUCCUGUUCUCUGUGGGUAUGAUACUUCGCCUCCAGGAUCUGCCACUCAGGAGUGACGGCCGUGUGAUAUACUGUGUCAACAUCAUUUACUGGUAUAUCCGAUUGCUAGACAUCUUCGGGGUGAACAAGUAUUUGGGGCCAUAUGUAAUGAUGAUUGGGAAAAUGAUGAUAGACAUGAUGUAUUUUGUCAUUAUUAUGCUGGUGGUUUUGAUGAGCUUUGGUGUUGCAAGGCAGGCAAUUCUUUUUCCCAACGAAGAGCCUUCAUGGAAACUGGCAAAGAACAUUUUUUACAUGCCGUACUGGAUGAUCUAUGGGGAAGUGUUUGCAGACCAGAUAGACCCUCCUUGUGGUCAAAAUGAAACAAGAGAGGAUGGUAAAAUAAUCCAGCUGCCACCCUGUAAAACAGGACAUUGGAUCGUUCCUGCCAUCAUGGCUUGCUACCUCUUGGUUGCAAACAUCCUUCUGGUGAACUUACUCAUUGCUGUCUUUAACAACACAUUUUUCGAAGUUAAAUCUAUAUCAAACCAAGUAUGGAAGUUUCAGAGGUAUCAGCUUAUUAUGACAUUCCAUGAAAGACCAGUCUUACCCCCUCCUCUGAUCAUCUUCAGUCACAUGACUAUGAUAUGUCAACAUAUAUGCUGCAGGUGGCGAAAACAUGAAAGUGACCCAGAUGAGGCAGAUUAUGGCUUAAAACUUUUUAUAACAGAUGAUGAACUGAAGAAAGUUCAUGACUUUGAGGAGCAGUGCAUAGAAGAAUAUUUCAGAGAGAAAGAGGAUAGAUUCAAUUCUUCCAAUGAUGAAAGAAUCCGUGUUACAUCUGAAAGGGUGGAAAAUAUGGCUAUGAGAUUGGAAGAAGUGAAUGAACGAGAGCACUGCAUGAAGGCUUCUCUUCAGACUGUAGACAUUCGGCUUGCUCAGUUGGAAGAUAUGAUAGGGCGAAUGGCUACAGCAUUAGACAAGUUGACUGGCUUGGACAGAGGAGAAACCACUAAGAUACGAUCUCGAACAUCCUCUGACUGUACUGACACAGCCUACAUUGUCAGACAGAGCAGCUUUAACAGCCAGGAAGGGAACGCGUAUAAACUUCAAGAAAGUAUUGAUCCCCCUGGAGAAGAGUCUAUGUCACCAACCUCUCCAACAGUAAUGCCCCGCUUACGAAGUCACUCCUUCUAUGCAGUGAACAUGAAGGACAAGGGCGGGUUGGAAAAGUUUGAAAGUAUUUUUAAAGAAAGGACAGUGAGCCUCCAUCGUGCUAGUAGUUCUCACUCAGUGUCAAAAGAGCAAAAAGUACCUUUAGUGCCUACGAGCACUCUAUCAAUUGCCCCAGACUCCAGAAGGCCUUCCUCCUGCAUAGACAUUUAUGUCUCUGCCAUGGAUGAACUGCAGUCUUUAGAACCGCUAGACAGUUCAAUGAACAUACUUGGAACUGGAGACCCAGCUCUCCAAGCCCAGAUAGCUUCUAGUGUUCUCUCAAGUAGCGCCUAUGUAAGCGGAACUCCUGGUGACAAAAUUUCAGGAAGGAGUAUUGAUUCUGAAGACCCCUCUUUGAUGGAAACAAGAGUUUUUUCUUCAGACUAUUCACAAAUCACAGACACUCAAAAUCCCUGGGACUCUGACCCUCCCCUGUAUCAUGCCUUAGAGCGAUCUAAAAGCAGCCGAUACCUGGCUACUUCUCCGUUUCUUCUGGAGGAACCACCUAUCGUCAAAUCUCAGAGUUUCAUGUUCUCUCCUUCUAGAAGCUACUUUAGCAGCCUUGGAGUGCCAGUUAAAACAGCCGAGUACACAAGCAUUACAGACUGCAUAGAUACCAGGUGUGUCAGUGCUCCUCAAACCAUCUCAGAAAGGUCCAGCUUCCCUGGAAUUCAUGGAGACAAAAUAGAUGACUUAGGAUGCUGUCACCCAGAGAGAGAAGCAGAACUAAGUCACCCAAGCUCUGAUAAUGAGGAUACUGAAACCAAAGACAAAAGAGUGGUUUCUUUGUCUCCUCAAGAUAGUAGCAAUACAUCAAGAACAUUGUCCAAUAAUAUACCACUUCCAAAAAUAGAGCGGGCCAACAGUUACUCUGCAGAUGAAUCCAACUUGUUGUAUGCACACGCAAGGAAAAGCUACUCCAUCAGUGACAGACUCGAUAGGCAGCGCAAUGCCACAAGCCUCCGAAAUACAUUCCAGAGGAGCAAGUCAUCCAAACCAGAGAACAGGGGAGACACCUUGUCUAUGAGAAGACUCUCUAGAACAGGCGCCUUCCAUAGUUUUGAGAGCAAGCACAGUUAGGGGUAACAGAUGUGUAACAAGAAGAAUUGCCUGAGAAUUUUGUC